CCCCGAAUAGAUCUCCAGGUACAAGACCUUGGUGACAAGCCGGCAAGCAGAGCAGAACAUCGUGGAUGAACACGACAUCAAGAUAGGAACUUUGGCGGCCGCGUCAGGAGCACGUCUGCUAGAAGCUCCCAGAAUUGGGGGCAACGCCGUAACGGAUACUGCGAAGAAUUCAAUUGUACCGUGGCUCAUGGACUGGGCGGCUAUCAAGAUCGACCCCAAGCUGGAGUGGUCCAACAACUUAGAAGAUCCCAAGCACACCAAACUAACGGGUGGGAUCAAGGGCAAAACGCGCCUAAAUGAUAUGGAGAGUGCGAACUACUACCGCAUCCCCAACCCACGGGAACUCGACUGCGAAGUCGCAUUCCAUAGACGAACAAGCGGCUGGGAGUUUGCCGAAUUAAACUGCACACAAUCACUCUUGAAUCCCAUCUACUGCGGCAAGGGAAGACCAAGCGGCAAGAUGGGCGAACUCGACGGUCGAUACAAAGUCAGCGGAGAGAAACCUGGUUACUGCUGGUCUUUUGUACCACGAACUGGAUACAGGCGCCGUGACCCAUGCUUGAGUGGCGACUCGGGUAGCGUGGUCUUAUUGGACCCGGAAAAUCCACCAGCCCAUAGAGGUGAUAAUUGGUGGGUCAGCAUCCUGUUCGGUCAUGAGCACAAAUCAGUUGACUACAUGACACCAAUCGAGAAUGUCAUCAAAGACAUUGAGGCAGUAAUGAACGGGAAGGUGGUAGUUCCGGAACAGGCUUAACGGUUCUCAAGACCGCAAGUAAGAGAGCUGGAAAAAGAGCCAUCUCAUGUUGUUAUUGGUGCCUACCAUGUACACUAGUGUACUACCUACAUAGAGAAGUAAUCUGUAGAAUCGA